AUGUCGCCGACGCCGGCUCGCCCUCCGCCAGCGCUGCCGGACGACGUCGUCGAAGAGGUCCUCGCCCGCUUCCCGCCGGACGACCCCGCACUCCUCGUCCGCACCGCCCUCGUGUGCAAGGACUGGUGCCGCCUCCUCUCCGGCCCUGGCUUCCGCCGCCGGUUCCGCCGGUUCCACCGCAAGCCGCCUCUGCUCUUCUACAUCUACCACUGCGCCACGUUGAUCUACUACAAGCCCACGUCCUCGUUCCGCCCGCUCCACCCCGCCAGCCCGGACUGGAACAUCCUCAACGCCCGCCACGGCCGCUUCCUGGUCCUGAACGUGACCUCUCCCGCACCGUCCAUGGAGGCGGAGUUCAUCGUGUGGGACCCCACCACGGAUGAGCAGCACAGGCUGCCCAUGCCGCCGUUCGAGUACACGUCCUGGAACGCGGCGCUGCUCUGCGCGGCGGCGGGCUGCGACCACUCCGACUGCCCCUGGGGUCCAUUCCUCGUGGUCUUCGUGUUCGCGCGAAGCUCCGAGGAGGGGAUGAUGUCUGCCUGCGUCUACUCAUCGGAGCUAGCUAGGAGCUUGGAGGGAGCCGAUCUCCCUGAGGACGGUGGGCUGGGAUUCGCAAGCGUGCAGGGCUCCAAGCUCUGUCUCUGGUCAAGAGUAGCUGGUGGUCCUGGCGGAUCUGCCACGUGGGUACAGCAAAGAGCCAUCGAGCUCGAUAAUGUGCUCCCCGUUCGUGACCCCUCGAUGUCACCUAAUGUCUACACAGUCGCCGUUGCUGGUGAAUUAGGUGUUGUUUUCAUCUGGGCGGAUGGGGAGUUAUUCACUAUUGAUCUAAGGUCCGGCCAGAUUGAGAAGGUGGGGAAUGGCAUCUCUGGCUCGGGCUUUGUUCCCUACACGAACUUCUACACUCCUGUGCUUGAGACGAAGUCUGCAUCUUCUGAAGAAGAAGACGACUCUGAAACUCUGAAGAAGAUUGAUGAACAGAAUCCCCGAAAAGUCUCAGCUCUGGCCCCUCCUCCAUCUGUGUGGCUGCUUCCCUGGCCCCACCUGCCAGAGCCGCCCCUCCCCCUCGGCCUGGUUGAACCGGACCCGAUUUCUCCUUCCACUCCGCACUUCGCUCCUGCUUCGGUGCUUCCCCUAUCCCCAUUCCCCAACCCAACCCAACCCAACCCUAGCUCCGCCGCCGGCCGGGGUCCAACCAAGCAGCACGGCGCCGCCGCCGCGCUCCCGGCUGCACUGGUGGGCGGCGUGAGGAUUGGAUCGCAAACCCCCGUUGAGCCCCUCGAUUCACCUCCCCAGACCCACCAAACCGUCGCCCCGCCGCCGGCCGCGAUUCAACCAAGUGAGGCAAUCGCCAUGGAGCCGCAGCCGCGCCAACCGCCGGCGCUGCCAGAGGAGCUCGUCGAAGAGAUCCUCCCUCGCUUCCCGCCCGAGGACCCCGCGAGGCUCGUCCGCGCCGCGCUCGUCUGCAGGACCUGGUGCCGCGUCGUCGCUGGCCCGGGCUUCCGCCGCCGGUUUCGCCAGUUCCACCGCACGCCCCCAAUGCUGGGCUUCCUCUGCAAUUUCGGAGAUGAGAAUUCGGACCACUUCGACAGAGAAUUCGCUCGCUUCGUCCUGACCUCCUCAUUCCGCCCGCCCCGUGCCGAAUGCCACAACUGGCACGUCUUGGACUCCCGCCACGGCCGCGUCCUCCUCUACAGCUGGAAAUGUGAGGGCCUUUCUGAUAAUGCAUUUGCUAUAUGGGAUCCGAUCACGGAUGAGCGUGUAGAACUGCCCAUUGUUCAAGAGUACCUGAACUGUCUUAUCUGGAGCGCAGCUGUGCUUUGUGCCGGUGAUGAGAAAUGGGACUACCUCGACUGCUGCCACGGACCUUUUCGAGUUGUCAUUGUUGCAACCAGACUUGAGCAGUUUAAUGCCUAUGUUUACUCAUCGGAGGCAGGUUCCUGGAGCCAACAAACAUCUCAGUUGCCGCCACCCAGUGACGGUUUGCAUUUGGCGGUGCCCAAUGCCGUGGCGGAGAAUGCACUCUACUUCGCGAUUGGGUAUGGCAGCGACCUCCUCAUGUAUGAUUUGGCCACACAGGAAAUUUCUGCGAUCAACCCACAUGUAUCCUUGGAUGGGCAACGCUUUGCGCUCCUAACUAUGGACACUGGCUGGCUGGGUUUCGCCAUAGAAAAGGAUUUCAAACUUUACUUGUGGUCGAGGGAAGUUGGCCCUGAAGGAGAUGCUGGGUGGACACAAAGCAGAGUCAUGGACCUCAAGAAGUUGCUACUAAUUGGUCCACGCUCAUACUAAAAUUGAGCUUAUGUGCUUGGCUAUGCAAAUGGCAUUGGUGUCUUUUUUGUACUGACACAUGAUGGACUAUUCACCAUUGAUUUAAAGUCCAGCCAGGUCAAGAAGGUCAAGAAGUCAGGCAAGCAUUGAUAGGUGAUGGACCAAGAGUGGGUGUGUGAAGUGCUUGGCAAUCAUAAUAUGCUCAGUUGUGGGGUUUUGUUUAUCAAGGGUAAACCGAAUCGUUGCAGUGGUGAAUAAUGUAAGAUUUAUGGUGGGCAAUUGUUGAGCGUUAGCCGUUAGGAGAUUAGUGGUGGUCUUAGUAUGUUGGCCUUCAGGGGCUAUGCAUUUUCGUGAAGGGAUCGCAUAACUUACAUUUGUUCGUUUUAUGAUAACUGUCAAGUUCCUUCAGGUUUGUCUGCCCUAGUCCAUGUGUACUCCUGAACCUGUAGCAUGUAAUGGAAUCCUGCAAUGAA